AUGGACGUGGAGCUGGUGACUCGAGCCUCGUUGACUUCCUUGCAAAAGGUGGACGACGGCCGUAUCGUUUCUCCCAAUAGUCUCGACGAGUGGACGUGGUCUAGCCUGAGGAAACAAUUCAAGUACAAGAGCCUGGAGAAGCUGUACACGAUUUAUCAGAGGAGACUUCAGUAUGGUUAUCUCUCGCUGUUUGUUUUACUGCAACUGGUGCUCAGAUUUACAUAUUGCCUGACUUUGAUCGGGAUGAUCCCCAACUUCAAGGAAUGGCUGCCGGACGUCGUGGUCUACUGCAUAGUAGGCGCUCUUCUCUGCCCGAUGAUCGCUCUGUCCUUCAGAUCGAAGAUAAUCGCGAAGAACAAGUACCUACCGGUCAUGCUGUCCUGCCUGAUCAUCGUGCUCCUGGUUGUCGGCGACUUGGCCAUUCCUCUGUUUUACACCUCCGUCGACAACGAGAUCCCGCCGAUAAGACCGGCGUACGCGACACACGCACUUCUCGCGUGCUACGUCUUCCUGCCGCUGACGGAGAAUCUACACGCUUUCGUGCUCGGCAUUACGGCCACCAUGUGUUACCUGGCGACCCUGUCGUUAAUCACCUACAGAAACACGACCGAUUACGGUACCAAGAUCAUCGCCGACACGAUAUACUUUGUGUGCGUGAACGGGCUCGGACUCUACUUCAGGUUCAUGAACGAGGUCGUCAUCAGGCGCUCUUUCUUGGACCGGCGAAAAUGCGUCGAAUCCACGCUCAGGCUGAACUAUGAGAAGGACCAAGAAGAACAAUUGACGCGGAGUAUACUGCCGCAGCACAUAACGGCGAAAAUCAAGAAAGACUUCAGGGACAUCUUCAAGUUCAUAGAGGAGCAUAAGAAACCACCGCCGAAAGGCAGGCCACAUAACGAUCUUUGGGUGGAGACGCACGACAACGUGAGCAUCUUGUACGCAGACGUGGUGAACUUUUCCGGACUGACGGUGACAUUGCCGAUACGGAAACUCGUGGAGACCCUGAACGACCUGUUCGGCAGCUUCGACGAAGCGUCGGAGAGACACAACGUGCUCAGAAUCAAAUUCUUAGGUGACUGUUACUACUGCGUGAGCGGCGUGCCCACGCCGAACUCUCAGCACGCGAAGAGCUGCGUCGAUCUCGGCUUGGACAUGAUAAGGAUCAUCAACGAGGUGAGGGCGCGAGUCCGUCGCGAGAGCGGCGUGGACGUGAACAUGAGGAUCGGCGUGCACUCCGGCAACAUAAUAUCCGGAAUCUUGGGCACGAACAAGUGGCAGUACGACGUUUGGUCGCGCGACGUCCUGAUAGCGAACAAGAUGGAGCAGACCGGCAAGCCCGGGAAGGUUCACGUCACUCAGCAGACGCUGGACCUGGUGGACCGGAGCGAGUACGAUUGCGUGCCGGUCGAGACGCUGAACGACGAGAUUCUGAGGAAAUACGGCAUUCGCAGCUACCUCAUCACGCCGUCCUUACCGGAGGUCCAGCAGAACAGCGAGAACACUUUGACGGUAAUUAGAUCGGACUCGCCGCCACCGCAAGCUAACAAGCAUUACGUGAAAUUCUACACGCGCUCCAACACCAGCAUCAGCACCAGCUCCAGAACGAGUAGACGACUGACGUCCACGUUGAACAAUCAGGCGGACGUUUGCGCGAGCACGUACAGACGAAGGACGCAUUUCAUGGACUCCUGCCUGCGGGAUUAUCACCUGAUGUUAAAAGCGGCGGACGCGGAGAUGGAGAACGCCAUCAAUCAGAUGCCUCUCAGCAAGUGGGAACAGUGGAGCAGAUGGGAACACAUCAAUCCGCUCUUCCUGACGUUUCGGCAAUGGAGCUGGGAGAUUCCGUUCCUGCGCGAGCCGGACCCUCUCUUCAAAUUCUAUAUAGGCUGCGCGGCCUUCGUUCUAUUGUUCAUGGGACUCAUCUACUUCGUGCCCACGGUUAUGCUCGCAGAUUGGGAUCGACCUACGAGCAUCGUUUACGGGCUGGCCAUGUUGAUCCUGAUAGCUCUAAUACCGCUCACGUGGAUGCACUUCGUGUGGAACCGCUUCAAGGAUCCGCACGACGAACACGAGGGACACGUUCCGCAGCCGCGGAACAAACUAUUGUACUUUCUCUACCAGACAAGCGUAAAGGUCGUGUGGUGCGCCCUUCUAAGGACUAUCUUGUACCUGGUGAUCACGAUAAUGCUGGCGGUGUGCGCGAUGUUCGACAUGAUCUUCGAAUGUCAAAACUUGGAACAAUCCAAUAAUAACGUAACCUCCAACAUGACAGCCGGUACGCGGGAAUGCAUACCUACGCCUUGGCAAAUGACGGAAACCUGUUCGUUGGCGAUUCUCACGAGUUUCCUCUUUUUGAGAGUCCACUACGUUUUGAAACUCAUAAUAGGUGUCGGCGUGGUGGCCUUUUACGCGUGGAACGUCUGGGUGUAUCGGUCGAAUGUAUUUCAGUCGGGCGACACGUGGAAUCCUCGGUUAGAUUCUAAAGUAGCGCACGUAUUGAGCGUGGUGUUCCUCACGUUUUCUCUGCAUCUUAUUGACCGUCAGGCGGGCUAUCUGAGCAGGCUGGACUACCAAUGGAAACGUCAACUGACGAAAGAACAGGACGAAGCGUUCCACACGAGGAACGCCAACAAGCUUCUGCUGCGCAACAUCUUGCCGGAACACGUUGCGGAAUUCUACUUGAAUAUGAACCGGACUGAGGAGAACGAGCCUUACCACGAGGCUCACAGCAACGUCGCCGUCAUGUUCGCGUCUCUGACCGAGUUGUCGAUCGACGAGAGCAACAUACUGAUCGAUCUGAACGAGAUCAUCUGUGAAUUCGACAAGCUGCUCUUCGAGCCGUACUUUGUGUGCUGCAUAGAGAAGAUAAAGAUCGCCGGCACAACGUACAUGGCGGCUUGUGGACUGGAAGCGAGCCGACGCGACUCGAUGCGUAGCACCGAAAGCGACGGGUAUCGCGACGAUGACGUGGUCAAGGUGAUGGCACAGUUUGCCGUACAAAUGAUGGCGGUGCUCGACAGAAUAAACGCAAGAUCCCUCACCUCGUCGAAACCGCACAAAUUAAGAAUCGGAAUUUCUCACGGAGAGGUGACAGCCGGCGUCGUAGGAGCUCAAAAGCCAUUGUACGAUAUUUGGGGCGAUGCCGUAAACAUGGCGUCCAGAAUGGACACUACCGGGCUACCGGGGAAAAUACAGGUGACUGCGGAUACAGCCGCCGUUUUGGAACAGCAAGGUGUCAAGUGUCAUCUACGCGGUGAGACGUGGGUCAAGCCGAAAGGAUACGUCACGACGUAUUUCGUCGGCGUCGACGAGACCCGAACAUUGGAAAAGGCGGAUUCCCUUGUGGAAGAAACCUCCUUGUGACAAAAGACCCGCGAUUCGAACUAACUUUAUUCAAUCGGCCAGAAUCGUGCGAAGCAUGCAGGGUGUACGGACGGUCGUUCUCUCCGCAUCUAUCGUACAUGCGAUACUUGCUUCUGAACGGUUAAAGAAAUAUCAAUGAUAAAA